AUGAAUAUUCAAAUACAUCAAGGAUUUGGGGUUCUUGCUGUUGUUCUGGCAAACCAUUCAAUCAAGUUACUCACAUCACUCUUCCAGGAUCUGCAAGUUGAAGCACUUCAUAGGGGUUGGGACAGAGAUGGCCCUCCAGCUGAACUGAACAUUAUGGCCCAGAGCACCUCUAUUCAGCGAGUUCAGAGACUUAUUGACUCUGUCCCACUCACAAACUUGCUGUUUACAUUGCUUUCUACCUCCUACAGAAAGGCGUGUGUCCUUCAGCGCCAGAGGAAGGGCUCUGUUAGUAGUGAUGCUAGUGCCUCGACAGACUCUAACACAUACUAUGAAGAUGAUUUUAGUAGUACAGAAGAAGACAGCAGUCAAGAUGAUGACAGUGAACCUAUUCUUGGUUUGUGGUUUGAAGAGACCAUUUCUCCAAGUAAGGAGAAGGUGGCACCUCCUCCUCCUCCUCCGCCACCACCUUUGGAAACAUCCCCAAGGCUCAGAGUCCAAGCAAGCAGAGUGCUGGGGAAAAUGGUAAUCUCCUGGCUAGCCGAAAGGACCCUGAGCUGGUAA